AGCUGCAGUCUCACUCUCCUCCUCGUCUGUCUCCUUUCCUGCUCUCUUUUCCCACCACUUCCCUGUCUCUCUCUCUCUCUCUCUCUCUCUGUCUUUCUGCCUCUCAGUUGCCCUCCCUCCUCCUUGUUUUCAUUCAAGUUGUUUACCCGUGUCCUCCUCGCCUCGCACUCUUCUGUCUAUCUCCCUUGUCGCUGCUGUUGCUGCUGCUGCUGAUCAUCUGGCAGCCUCACCCCACAUCCCUCCCAUCCAACCAAAACCUCCUCCUCUUCCUCCUCCUCUGCCUCCCCCUUCUGGGUUUGGAGAUCUUAAGAGCCGCUCAGCACACGCUUCCGCAUAGCAUAACACUCGGCUCCUGCAUUGGGUAAAACAUGUCAACCGUCCUGGACCUGGAGCAGAUUUCGUGUGCUGGAAAUGAUGCGGAACAUGACAUUGAGACUCCUCACGGCGUUCUCCAUGUGACGAUGCGAGGCGUUCCCAAGGGCAACAGGCCCGUCAUCCUCACCUAUCACGACAUCGGACUCAACCACAAGUCCUGCUUCAACACCCUGUUCAACUAUGAGGACAUGCAGGAGAUCACCCAGCACUUUGCUGUGGUCCAUGUGGACGCGCCCGGCCAGCAGGAGGGUGCGCCUCCCUUCCCCAGCGGUUACCAUUACCCUACCAUGGACGAGCUGGCUGAGAUGCUGCCCUCUGUGAUGACUCAGCUGAAGGUCAACAGUGUGAUCGGCAUCGGUGUAGGAGCUGGAGCUUACGUCCUCACCCGCUUUGCACUGAACAACCCCAACCUCGUAGAAGGACUGGUUCUGAUCAACGUCGACCCGUGUGCCGAAGGCUGGAUUGAUUGGGCCGCUUCGAAGCUGUCUGGAUGGACCAGUAACUUGGUGGACAUCGUCAUGGCUCACCACUUCAGCACUGAUGAGCUGACAGAAAACCAGGAGCUGAUCCAGACCUACCGCCUCCACAUCGCCCAGGACAUCAACCAGGACAACCUGGCCCUGUUCUGUGGCUCCUACCAGUACCGCAGAGACCUGGAGAUCGAAAGGCCCAUCGUGGGGUUGAACGAGGAUACGGUGAACACACUAACGUGCCCCUCCCUGCUGGUGGUCGGAGACACGUCACCUGCUGUCGAGGCUGUGGUGGAGUGCAAUUCCAGGUUGAAUCCCACCAAGACCACACUGCUAAAGAUGGCUGAUUGUGGAGGCUUGCCACAAGUUGUGCAGCCCGGGAAGCUCGCCGAGGCGUUCAAGUACUUUGUUCAGGGCAUGGGAUACAUUCCCUACGUUCUCCUCAGUCACCUGAGCAACGAAUCAGUGCCGUCAGCAGGAAUGACUCGCCUGGCUCGCUCGCGCACCACCUCCUCCUCCAGCAUCACCUCCAUGGAGAGCAGCCGCAGCCGCAACAACAUCAGCAGCCUGCUGGAGGGCAACGCCGCUGCCGGGGCACUGGACAGCCAGGUGGCGCCCCAGACCAUGGAGGUGUCCUGUUAAACCCCUCCCCACCUGCGUGCACACUCCCACAGUAAUUUAUACGCCACUCCCCUCCUCCCUCUCUUUUCUCGCUCAUCCUGCUCCCAAGCUACUUGACGCCAGAGGGAGUGUGUGAGUGUGUGUAUGUGUGAUUAGAAAAGGAGGAGCUAAUAAAAAAUAUAUAUUAACA